AUGGCAGACUUUCCUCGCCUCCCGCCUUCCGGUAUCAAGGUGAUCAUAGUUGGUGCUGGUUUUGCAGGUAUCUCUGCAGCAAUCGAAUGUGAUCGCAAGGGACACUCCGUCACACUACUUGAGAAGUCUGCCGAUAUCGAGGAGAUCAUGCGCAUAGGCGACAUCAUCAGCUUCGAUCCCAAUGGGGCGCGGAACUUCGAACGGUGGCCGGGCGUCAUCGAGGCUAUGCAACGCAUUGCCCGCCAGACAACCUGGCUAGACCUGUACGACUGGAAAGGUAAUUUUAUUACUCGGCAAUCGUUCGCCAAGGAGAAGGCCUGGGGUCCGAGAAUCAACGGACACAGAGGCGAGUUGCACAAUAUCAUCUACCAGCAUGCCAAAGACCGUGGUAUCGACAUUCGUCUUGGGCAAAGGGUGACUGAUUAUUUUGAGACCGACGAUCACGCUGGAGUCGUAUUGAAUGGCGAAACUAGGAUGACUGCUGACAUCGUUAUUGCUGCGGAAGGUGUGCGGUCUCGUGGACGAAAGAUUGUGCUUGGGUUCGAGGAUCGACCAAAGUCGUCGGGGUAUGCCGUGUAUAGAGCUUGGUUCCCGGGAGAUGUGAUUGCCAAAAAUGACAUGUUGAAGCAUUUCGUCGUGAAUGGUGAUACUCAUCAAGGCUUCAUUGGGCCAGACCUUCACUUUUUAGCAUCGUCGCUCAAGGGCGGUAAGGAGUUCAACUGGGUAUUUACACAUAUUGAUGACGGCAACAUCGAAGAGAGCUGGCAGUUUCCGGGGAAGGUGGAUGAAGCACUUACAUAUCUGGACGGCUGGGCGCCAAUAGUGAAAGAAAUGGUGAAAUCAACGCCCAAGACGGGAAGGUUGAUCGACCACAAGUUGGUAUUUCGAGACCCUCUGCCAACAUUCAUCUCCCCAAAGGCGAGAAUCGCGUUGAUUGGGGAUGCCGCGCAUCCAUUCCUCCCCACAUCAAUUCAAGGCGCAAGCCAAUCCAUUGAGGACGGUGUCGCGCUGGCCAUUUGUCUCGAGCUAAGCGGAAAGAAGAAAGUCCCGCUUGCUGUUAGGGCGUAUGAGAAACUCAGAUAUGAAAGAGUACAUAAGGCCCAAGCCACUGGCGUCAAGACGCGAGAGAAGUGGCACCGAGCUAAUUGGGAUACAAUUCGGGAGAACCCAGAAUCGUUGCAUCUGACUAGGGAGGCAUGGCUUCUCAAUUUUGAUGCUGAGGCGGAUGCCUAUAAGAGGUACAAUGAGGUUGCGGCUACGCUACAAACUACGAAGUCACGACUAUAA